AUGGGUUGCAUUCAAAACGUUCAUCCGAAGAAGUACGGCCAAGGAUCUAGGCAAUGCCGAGUGUGCUCCAAUAGACAUGCCCUAAUUAGAAAGUAUAAUAUCAACAUAUGCAGACAAUGCUUCCGUGAAAGGGCUGACAUAAUAGGUUUUAAAAAGUAUAGGUAA